AUGAACAUGGAGUUAGAAAUGCUGUUAAAAGUUCCUGAAAACUCAGUGAUCUAUAAAUGCAACAAGACCAGUCUCCACCUGGCUAUCAAAAUGGACCCUUGGGGGACUGGUCUCAGGCUGGACCCAGAGUUGCUCUACCUGGGCAGCUGCCCUUCUUCACACGUGAAUAAUGCCCUGGGCUUCUUCCAUUUUCAGUAUUCAUUCCAGGAGUGUCGCUUCGCACGACUGACAUCUGGCAAAAUGGUUGAGUACUCAACCCGACUGGUGUACAGGCCGGUGUCCAGCCUUGGCGGACAGUACAACAGCCCGUUCACAGAGAGGAUUAACUGUACAACCUUUGAGGCACAACGCCCGACUCCCGCCCGAGUCACUGGGUCUGGCCUGCUCUCUGGUUCCGGCGGACUAAUGUUCCAAGGGACGUUUAUGAACGAGGACUUCAGUGCUCCUUCAGACCUGUCGGUCUUUCUCCUGGGGUCAGAGAUCCACAUUGAAUUUAUGGCGCAGCGUUUCUUCCACCAGCCUCUACGGCUUUUCGUGGACGAAUGCGUCGCUGCCGAAGCGGCGGAACUGAGCAGGUCUUCCAGAAAUUACAGCGUUAUUGCAAACCACGGGUGCCUCCUGGACAGCCGGGAUUCAAAUUCGCGAUUCCUCCCUCGACAUGCUCCAGACGUGCUCCGUCUCUCUCUGCAGGCCUUUGAAUUCGUGGGGAUAAACACGGACGUUUACCUUCACUGCCGACUUCUCAUCUGGGAUCCCAAAGUGCUGACUGACCCCACAAGGAAGGCCUGCUCAUUUAACAGGGAUACUAACAGGUGGGAAGCUCUGGAUGGGACCUCCCAUUCGGUCUGCAGCUGCUGCGACUCAGUGUGCGAAUCUGCUGGUUCUCGUCACAAAAGAGAAGCCAAAGAUUCGGCUUCAGAAGUUAAUCCGUGGCAGUCAGACGUGGUGAUGGGUCGCUUCACAGUUCAGAGACCUGCACACAACGGGGGCGACUUUGAGUGGGGUCCCAACCACACCCUCCUUAUUCAGAGCCAUCAAGGCGGGGAGGGAAGCAAAGCCUGACGCCACCCGCUGUGAGCGCCCUUCUUCCUGGAAGAGCUGGGGUUGCCAUUCCCUCCUUGGGCUUCUGCUUUUACAACCGUUGUCAGAAAAUACCGGACCUACACAGCAGGGAUGUUGAAGACUCAGGAGCUGGACAGGGCUGACCAGGACUGUGGCUGUAUCUGUGCUGCUGUGGGACACCCUAAAUUAAAAGCAAC